GGUGAACCCUUUCCCAUGUCACCCAUUUACACUGAAGACACUGUGCACCAAGCUCCAAUGUGGAUCCAAUGCAGACUCUAAGUGCAGACUCAAAGUGGCGAGAACCCGUUCCCGAAACCUCUGGCAAAAGAAUCUCCAUGUACGCCGACAUUCUGAACGAGUUUGCCCAAAAUCUUGCAGGCAACAUAAUCCUCUCCUCUCUAGAGCAAAUGGAAAAGUUGGAACCUGCGGUCCUACAACCUAUUCAAACACCGGAGACCUUAGCCAAGGAGUUGGCAUCAGCAAUAGUUGAAGUUGCUCUGAAAGACGUCUGCUUGCCUCAAUAUCCGCCAUCAGAUGUUGAAAAGAAUGACUGUGAAGAGGCUGAAAAUGGGCCCCCUGCAUCCGGAGAAGAAGAGGACCUGUUGGAACUAGAGAUGAUUUCCUUAAGGGAAUUACAGACCCACAGAAACUCUCAGUCCAACCAUCCACCUCUGUACCAAUCGGGCCUUCCUGCUGUAGGUUCCCUGGACUACCCAGAUGCCCCUCCGACCACCCCCCUCAUCCCGGAGCUGGAGCGGAGCAGGAACAGUUUUGCUCGGAAGCUCAAAGGGGGACUGGCAAAAGUCUUCCUGCCCUCUCCUCCUCCACCGACUCCGAAAGACAAGGAGAACAACUCGGGCGGUGUGAUCAGUGACCCCCAAGUGGAACUGAUGGAGCAUCUGAUGCAUUCCCUAUCUACAAAAGACCUGGCGAGAGACGGCCUGAAGGCGCAUGGAGCCAGCGUGGAGGCUUUCGCAGAGGUUCUGUCGUGUGACGUGUUAAGCUGGGUCUUGAGCGUGAAAAACGAGCAGCAGGGGUCGGAUGAAAGCGAUCUUGAUCAGCUGGCUCACCAACUGGCUGAAACAAUCAUCACUUCAUCGCUGGAUAAAGCUAAAUGUGACCUCCUGUCUGACUAGUACGUGUUUGUUCAGGAGUUUUAACGUGAGGUCCUUCAAAAUUGUCUCGAGCAGGUAAUAUUUCAUCAUCAGGAGAUAACCCUUUUGGCAUCUUAAUUCUGUAAAAAUCCAGAUUACGGCUAAAGAUAUGAGCUACUCUGAAAGGGAUCAAGGCAUAUGUAGACUUCUUCCCCUCUUAAAACAUCUCGAGUCACGUAUAGUGUUAAUGUAAAUGGUACUUCAUUAACUUUCUCAGAGGGUUUUCAUUGUAUCUGUCUACUUGCAUAGAAGUCAAUGAUUAUCUGAAAAAGAAAUAUAGGUCGGAGGUAGUACGCCACCAGUGUUCUUCCAUUGUGAAACCACGUGAAUUCUUUCCAGUCAGAGUAACCACAAAAGACAUGUAAAAGCAGAAAUCUUCUCAGGGUGCAUGUAAACCGCGGUGAAUUGAUUUUGACGCAAAUGUACUUUUCUAAUCGAUUUUUUACAUUUUUUUCCCCCACGAUCAAAAAAACCUCAAAUGUUUUGUUUUUGGUAAGCUUCACACAGGAAGACGUUUGGUUGCGAACUGUUUCCUGCCUUCAUUUUCUGUGUAACACUCAUCUGUUUGAUCCUAAUGACUUCACACUUUAAACACAACCACAAGCUCACAAAAUAGCAUCGGCAUAAACUGCUACAACAUUUUCACAACUGGAACUGCUUUAAGAUGAUAAACCUCUGUAUUGCUCUUGGGCACCUCUCUGGCUAGCUUGUGGCUUUAGCCCAGGGGACAAGCUAAUCUGGAUUUUUAUAAAAUAAAAUGCCAGGAUUUAUCUACUGCAGAACAGAUAAGUUCUGCUCCUACCUAACCUGUACAAGGAACUGUUCCUUUUAGUUUGGUUUCUGUCUUAUUGUUUAGUAUUCUGACUUCCUUUUUAGGCUUUCUAAAUAAAGCUAGUUUCGCUCAAAGCUAAUAUGCUAAUGGCUAUAUUUGUGGCUUUGUCCUGCUGAGCCCAAAUAAUGGUGCCAGUCCAAAACAGAUGUAGUACUUUGGUUGUAGCUCAUGCAGCCUCAGGGAUCCAGCACCUGUUGCAGUACAUCCCCUUUAGAUGGCAGCACAGGAGAAAUGUUCUGGUAUGUUUUCAGCCCAAUCCAAAAAGGAUUAGGUGUAUGGAUACAAAGCUGUUCUUUCUUUUCUUUAAAAAA